UGACGGCCAGGAGAAUGCGGAAAAGGCUCGGCAGCGCAGAAGCCGCGGCAAGAGGCGCGCUAGUUGAGGGAUGUGGAUCCUAUCAAGAGCUUAAGCCUCUUUCUAAGCAAACGGCAAUGCAAAUGCUUUCCCUGCAAAGACUUUUUUGUUUCUGUGGUGCAACGGCGUGUACAGAUUUGGUUUCCUCCCCAGCGAGCGCCCGGCAGCUGCUGACAGUGUGUUUGGUUUCGCUAUUCUUCGGGUGGAGAAUUCCUCUUUGGGAUCCGCUUGGUGCGUUUUAAACGCGUAAGGUAGGGCCGGGAAAAGUGAGGAGUCCUUGCCUUCCACGUGGCUGCUGUCCUGUCCCCUCCCAAGACUUGAGAAAACGGCGACGUGCGCUCCCUUUAGUUUACUUGGAUGUUGCAAACCAUGGGUCAUCACGACCACAUGUUCAAAGUGCUGAUUAUUGGGGAUGCCACAGUUGGGAAGACGUCGCUGGUCCAGCGAUAUGCCAACGAUAGUUUCAACAAGCACUACAAGUCGACGGUGGGAGUGGAUUUUGCUCUGAAGGUGGUACAGUGGUCAGAGUCCGAGACAGUCAGGCUGCAGCUGUGGGAUAUUGCAGGUCAAGAACGUUUCACAUCUAUGACUCGUCUGUAUUACAAAGAGGCAUCGGCCUGUGUGAUCAUGUUUGAUGUCACCAGUAUUGGCACAUUCGCCAGCUGCCAGAAAUGGAAGUAUGAUUUGGACAGCAAGCUGAAGCUGCCGGAUGGAAGCCCCGUUCCUUGUCUGCUGCUGGCUAAUAAAUGUGACCUUUAUCCAUGGGCUGUGACCAGAGAAGAAAUUGAUCGGUUCAGUAAAGAGAAUGGCUUUACCGGAUGGACUGAAACCUCUGUCAAGGAAAACAAGAAUGUAAAUGAGUCGAUGAGAGUCCUUAUUGAGAAAAUGAUGAUGAUGAUGUUGACGUCGUCAGGUGACACGGACGUCACUGUUUCAGGCCGUGGAGACUACAUCAAUCUAAAUCAAGCUGCAGCCGCGCCCAACUGGGGGUGCUGCUAGCUGCACUUCCCUAGGCUUCUGCAUCUGAUCAGAGGUUGAGAGCGCCUUUGAAACGUAAUACUGGCUUUUCUUCAGCAGUAGUACUGAACUGCCUCAUGGCAUUGCUGUAAGCAGCAGUAGAAGACCAAGGCAUCCCAGCAAGGUUGAUGGAAGCCACAGUCUUCCCUGCUUAUGGGCCACUGGGGUACACUUCUGCCAUUCUAUAUUCCUCAUUGCAAGUUGGGCUAACUUGGAGGAGAUUGUUCUGCUCGCUGCAGCCUCCUGCACUUGUGGGAAAGUCUCCACCACAGUUGAUUGAAGAUUACACAGCAGGAAGAAUGGCCACAAGGAGCUCUGAAAGCAAAGCCCUGGGUAACCUGGCUGUGUCUAACCAGCGUACGUGCUAAAUCUUGCUCUUUGAAGCAGACUGCCUUUAAUGUAUCCUCUGUGGAAACAUGCUGUGAUUAUUCCCCCCCUUGUGACACAGCUGCACAACUCUCUCUUACCGCAGCCCUUCUUGAGGUGCCAUAUUUGCCGGGAUACUGUAAGCCUAUUGCUGCUUUUGUGUGUGUGUUUUCUGAGAAUGGCUGCAUUUAAGCUGAAGGAAAAAACAGAAGGGACUCUGGCCUUUUUUGUCCCUGCUUUUAUGUGGGAGAUACAAUUGUCAGGUCCUUUUCCUGUGACCGUUUCAUUAGUGAGCCCAGCAAUGAAUGGAGGUAAAAGCUGUAAACUGCUUUGCAUUGAUGCACCUUAUUAGAGCAGUAGCAAUGUUUUUAUGUUUUUAUAGCCCUUUCCCUGGUAGGAUCUCAUUUGCCUCUUUCAUAUUCUGAUAAAUUACUUCCCCUCAGAGGCUGUAAUAUAUGGGUGUAGAUAGCCAUCAUGCAAUGCUAUCUUGAAAGCACAUCGAUGAUGGGUUUUAGUGAACCGAGGGGGUAAACACAGAAUAGGGAACACAGCAGGACAGAAGGCAAGAAUUAAAUCUCUCCUGUACCUUUUUGCUACCAGCCAUUUCUUGCCCUUUUAAUAUAUAGCGGAUAGACUUUGUUUCUGCAGAAAAUACAAAAUUGUAACUUGCCAGUUUUUAAAAAUUCAUAAUUCGGGAAGGUUAACUUUUCAAAAUGGUGAGUUGUAUUAGGGUGCUUAAAUUUCUUAAUCUAUUUUUU